CUGACUUUCGUUGUUUCUCUGAUGAGAGUAACGUGGUUCAUGAAGCUUCCGCUUCCGUUCUCGAAGCUCCGCAUGCAACACCAGGCUGAGGCCUUAUACUCUCUCAAGAUGAAGCGUCCCCGUUUCUUGUGAACGCCCCCUCAAUGUCUGUCGACAAAGGCGAGAACACUGGCUCUCUCGAAGAGGUCAAAGUCAAGGUAUCCGUCCAUAGCGUUGACGAGGCUGCGGAACAUGAACAAGCUCGGAGGGCGAGGAUUGAAAAGAGGCUUCUCAGGAAGAUGGAUCUCCGCUUACUGAUGAUGACGUUCAUCUACAUCUUGAACUACAUCGAUAGGCAGAAUACCAGUGCGGCACGCCUUCAAGGAUUCGAACAUGACCUUCACCUGGACGACAAGCAAUACUCGACCGUACUGUCGGUUUACUUCCUCGGCUACAUACUGAUGCAGGUUCCUUCGAAUAUGCUCCUGCAUUGGUUCCAGCGGCCAUCUGUAUACCUUUCUUGUUGCAUGAUGCUGUGGGGAGUCGUGUCUACGCUAACUGGUAUCACUCGCAGCUAUGCCAGCGCAUCGCUUUGCCGCAUCUUUGUCGGAUUUGUCGAAGCAGCGUACCUUCCUGGGGUUGUGUACCUCAUAUCGCGAUGGUACAGGCGAGAUGAAGUAGCGCUCAGGACCACCAUCGUUUACUGUGGCAGCAUCGUUAGCAACGGCUGGGGAGCACUCAUAGCCUCUGGUAUUCUCGCGAAAAUGGAGGGCGUCCUGGGUCACCCUGCGUGGAGAUGGCUCUUUUACAUCGAAGGCAGCGUCACCGUCGUCGUCUCGUUCUGCGCCGCAUUCAUCAUUCCGGACUACCCACACAACGACCGUUGGCUUACGCACGAAGAGCGCCAAGUCGCGCUUGUGCGACUGAAGGAAGACGUUGCAGGGGACGAGUUGACAGCCGUGGCCGAUGCAGAUAUCACGCCUUUAGCCGGGCUGCGAAUGGCUAUGGCCGACUGGCGAGUGUGGCUGCUCGUUCUAGCGUGCUUCACACAGCUGCUGGCGCAGUCGUUCAACAUCUUCUUUCCGACGCUAAGUGCGACGAUGGGGUUCAACACCACGAUUAGCCUGAUGCUGUGCGCGCCGCCGUGGAUGUUCACGACUGUGUUUGCGUUUUGGUAUUGCAGACAUUCAGACAAGAAGCGGCGGCGUUUCGUCUACAUUAUGUGGUCCGAACUGGUCGGCAUCAUUGGCUUCAUCAUUGCUUCCUCCACCAUGAACAUCGCAGCCCGUUACACCGCACUAUUUCUCAUGGCCCAGACCUACGCCGCGCUCAUCGUCUUCUACGCGUGGAUGAUGAACAGCAUUCCACGUCCUCCCGCCAAGCGCGCAGUCGCCUUCGCUCUCGUGACGUCGCUCUCGCAGCUCGGAAAUGUAGCUGGGUCAUACGUAUGGAAGUCAAGCUGGGGUCCCAGCUAUCGCUACUCGUAUGCCAUUGCCAUCUCAGCGGCGGGAGCACAUAUCAUCUUGUGCUACGUCCUACACCGUACAUUGAAGGCGCAGAAUCGUGCUAUUGCUGCUGCAGAGCAGGAUCUAGGAGGUACGAACACUGGUGUGCCCCAUGGAUUCCGAUAUCUGGAGUAA